CGUGGGGAAGGCACAUAGGAGGCUGUGAAAGGCCAAAUUGGAGCGAGGAGGGCACCUAGCAUGUAGCGCCGAUAAUCAGAAUCAUGAACUGAUCACGCGUGAUUUGCGGGCUGAUCACUUCCUCCAUCAGCUUACCUAUCAGGGCCGCGGCAAGCUUGAAGACUGCCAAGGACCAAGCUGGCUCAUCUUGCCCACGUCAACCCCCCCCGCUGCCCACUUUGGUCGAAGCUGUGCCCACCGACGAAAGGAUGACCGGACAAUCCGUUCCUGACUAUUACACCCUGCUGGGUGUCAAGCCGAGCUCUUCCAAAGAAGAGAUCAAAUCGUCCUACAAACGACGUUCCCUUUCCACUCAUCCGGAUCGUUUCCCAAACGCCAGCGCUUCCGAGCGUUCCACCUACACUGCUCGAUUUCAGUCUCUAGCGGAUGCCUACUACGUUCUUUCGGACGAUGCUAGACGAGCAGAGUACGAUACGCUGAGAAAGGAGUAUGGUACGAGCGACGAUGGAGGAGUGGGCAUGGAUGCUCAGGACGUACCGGGCGGCAUGCACUGGAGCGACGAUCCGUUCGAGAAUCAGCAGAGCAGUAAAAACUUCUUUGAGAGCUUUAAAGGUUUUGCUGGAUUUGGAGCAGGCGCUGGUGCCGCGAAUGAUCAAGCGGGACCAUCUAGCGCUGGCAGCUCGACGACAAACGCAGGGCAGGGUCAACCUCAAGCUGACCAAGUAUUCGGAUCAGUCUUUGAAGAACUGCUCAGACCCGAGGUGGAGAGGGUGGCGCCCAUUUGGAAAUGGGUAGGAUCAGCCUCGGGCGCAGGGCUGGGUUUCAUCAUCGGAAACAUUCCGGGUCUGGUGGCAGGUGCUUUCGUGGGCAACAAAUUGGGCGCUAUUAGAGACGCAAAAGGCAAGUCCGUGGGACAAGUAUUUAUGACGCUGAAUACUAGUCAGAGGGCAGAAGUGCUCAAAGCGCUGGCGGUCAGGGUGCUCGGGUCCAUCUAGCUCGAUCAAGGACAAGCUCUUUACAUCAUCACGGUUCUCCUACCAAGUCAUCAAUAAGCUCGCAUUCCCGUCAGCCUCGACGAUCACCUGAAAAGAAGCCCAGGCCAUGCUCUCGCGACGCCUUAAAUGCCGCUGUUGGAGUCAAAGUCCACGUUGCCUCUUUUUCCUUUCACAAAUCGUCUAACCCUGUUGAGCCAGGAUCAAGGCUCGCUCACCGUCCCUUGUACAUGCAGCCGUGCUGCUGCUGUCCGUCUCUCGCGCUUCUCCAUACCCCAAUCAAUCAGAUCAAUCAUCCUCUCAUGUUCAAAGAUGCAUAUGGCGUGGAUGCGCUGGGUCGAGGCUGGGGUCAAAUGCAUAAGUGAGC